UUUAUAUUUUGUUUAUUUUUGAGUCAUUAAUUACAUCGCGUCAUUAGAGCGGUGCUAUUGUAAAAACAAGGACAUUACAAUGAUCGUUAACAAUAGAAGUGAAAUAAAAUAGCUUUCUAUAUUGUGGUCAAAGAUUUAUGAGUAAAUGGUAUUAAUAAGUGCUACAAGUAUGGACGUGGAAGAGACCGGAUCGAUUAACAAUGAGCCCGUGGACGCGAUUGAGAACGAAAAUGAAGAAGACAUUAUAGAUGACUCAGAGGAGCGCGAGCUGGUGACAGACUCUUGCUCGACAAAGGUGCUGGACACCUCGGAGCGGCCUCGCGACAACUAUUGGGUUGUUUAUUUACUUUUUUAUUUAUUUGGCAUCACGUCUCUUGUGUCAUGGAAUUUCCUGAUUACUGCAAAUGACUAUUGGAUGUAUAAAUUCCGAGAUGUGUCUCCAGUCAAUUCCACCCAGUUGGAAUUACCACCAGUGCGGAAAACUCAGUUUCAAGCUGAGUUCACUUCCUACCUCAAUGUGGCAGCUUCUAUACCUAAUUUAAUAUUCCUUAUAUUAAACUCACUUUAUGGGCAUUUAGUAUCUGUGAAGAGCAGACUACAAGGAUCACUCUUAAUGAUCACACUGUCAUUCCUGGUGACCACCGCUUUUGUGCAGAUUGACACAGACGAAUGGCAGAACACAUUCUUCAUUGUCACAAUGGUGACUGUAGUUGUCAUGAGCGCCGCUAGUGCCAUAUUCAUCGGCGGACUCGUGGGCAUCGCGAGCCGCUUCUCAAAAGAGUACAUGGCAGCCGUGGUAAGCGGCCAGUCCCUCGGCGGGAUCAUUGCUGCCGUCGCCCAAAUCAUAUCCCUCGCCUUCAAAAUAUCACCCUUGCACAGCGCCCUCAUAUACUUCAUCAUAGCUGACAUAAUGCUGUUUGCAUCUUUAAUCUCCUACAUAAUGUUGUACAAGAUUGACUUCUUUACACACCAUAUUUUGAGUGGCUCUGGUAUGGUUGCUAACAGGCACAGAGAAGUGUCCAUGGUAGCUGUCAUGAAGAAAAUCUGGGUUUACGCGUUUAGCAUUUUUGCGAUUUUCGCGAUCAGCAUGGCCGUGUAUCCUGCUGUCACUGUGUUGGUUGAGUCACAUCCUACUACUCAAGGAACAGAUUGGAACAAGAUAUACUUCGUGCCGGUAGUGAAUUAUCUAAUCUUUAAUUGUGGAGAUUACUCCGGGCGUUUGGUAGCUGGAUUUCUACUUCGACCUCUGAACCAAUGGAUAAUAGGAGCCGCUAGUCUAUUGCGUAUUAUCGGAGUCCCAAUGCUGAUGCUAUGCAACGCGCAGCCGCGACCGCACCAUCUGCCGGUCAUCUUCGAGUGGGACUACGAGUACAUCAUGAUCAUGAUCGUGUUCGCUUUCAGCAACGGCUAUCUCACAAACAUUGUAAUGAUCAAUUCUACCAGAGUGGUAGAGCUGCACGAGCGAGAGAAGGCGACGUCCGUGAUAGCCACGAUGCUGAGCAUCGGGCUGACGGUGGGAGCUGCCGUCGGGAUGCUGUUGGUUCACUUAUUAUAAACACCGAUAUAAUAUUAUAUCCCCACACGUCACAAUGCGGACGCCUGAGGUACCGCAAAGCCUUUGCACGGGCACUCAAUCAAAGCUUAAGGGAAUAGAUUUGUUAAAGUUAACGGGGCAACAGCAACUUACUAAAUAUUGUGGAGGGGUAAAAUAAAGUAGUACUUAACUGCU